AUGCAAUCGGGUAGUUCAGAGCAGGUGCGAUCGGUGGCGGCAGCGACGGACACGAGAGGGAAGCAUCGGAUUUCGGCUGAAUUGAAGCGGCUUGAGCAAGAAGCUCGGUUCUUGGAGUCACACACCGGUGGUGGAAUUUCCGGCGACUGUGGGUCUGGUGGCCCAACAUCAGGUGGCUUCGGAGGGAUAAAAUCAGGAGCGCGUGGCGGAAACACAUCCGGCGGCCCCUGCGGGAUGUCGGGACCUGGGUCUGGAGGUCCUGUUCGCCACGUGGAUCGCUUGAGGGACUCUCAGUGGUCUUGUUUCUAA